GAUGAUGCAGUCCGUGGGUAAAACGCUGAGCCAAUGCUUCGAAAAACUGUUUGGUACGAUCGUUUCCAUUGUGGCAGGGAUGAUCGUGCUGGGUGCCACCAUUUGGCCAGGAAUCCUCAUGUUGGUGUGGGUGAUGCCUCAGGCGAUAGUAGGGGAGGGCAUCGUGGAUGAUGAAGGCAAGCUACACCUGGGCGCCUUGAGUGCCGGAUGCCUCGUUUGGGGCAUCUUGAUGAGCACGAUGGGACUCAAAAUUCCUGCAUUUUUUCUUGCCUACAAGACCAGGCGGCAAACAUUGGACCUUGGUAAAGAGAAUGAAGAAAGAUGGAGACUUCACUUCAACGAUAAGGAGCCUAACAGAGGGCGUAUGUUUGGUGCCUUCCUGAUUCUGCUUCGAGCAGUCGCCAAUGGGAGCCUCCUUGUGUACUCGGCAUGGAUUCUGCCGCCUCGAAAUCCAGACCAGAAUCUCAACCUUUCGAAGUUUCUGCUGGCAUGGUUCGAGGCUCCGUUGGCUUUCCUGAUGGCUGUGUCUUGUCUCUUUUCGCUGGUCAUGAUCUACUGGAAACCGGACGAGCCUCAGCACUACGCCAUGUUGGGGAGGAGUGUCCGACGGCUUGGAAGGUUUUCAGCCUUUUCCAGCCUGCCGUAUGCUAACCCAGCAGUGAUGCUGAACCAGCUUCAAGUUGCCGUUAAUGACUUCCUUCAGGCGAGCGACCAAGCUAAAGAGCUGGGCGUCAUGAAUGUUUCGCAAGCUAAGAACAAAGAGGAAAGAAAAGAUAUCCUCAAGAGCCUGCGCAAGCUGGACUGGUGGAACCUCUUCGCUCUCGGCUAUGUGGUUUUCUCUCAGAUGGUCUACAAUGCACUGUUUGCAUGUGCUGCCAUUGGUUCCGUGGUUGUGAAAACAUCGCAAAUGAGUUUUGUUUCAGAAAGGCCGUGGGACCAAUGGACGGUUGCUGAAGGCAUAGCGCUGGCAUCAUUCAUCAAUGCUCUGAGCGGGCUGGGUCUAGAUCCAAACGUGCUUGGCCUGGUCAAGGUGCUGCGAGAGCGGUAUAGGGACAAAGUGGAUUUCAACGACGAGGAGCUAGUGGCAUCUUGGCAGCGGCAGGUCAUCCGAUGUAUCAUGCAGGUACAUGACCCUCACAAGGAUCGAACAUCCGUCCUGAUUUGUGGCCUCACGUUAGACCUCACGGACUGUUGCGGCAUCAUGGACAUGGACGAUCUCGAG